UGACAAGUUACCGUAGCUACACGGAUCCAUAUAUUCCCGUAAACUCUCCAAGGUGAACUGUGCGGUAAAACCGGGAAGGCUUGGCAGCUGCUCGUGUCCAAGAUUUUUCCCAAGUGGCAGCCGCCGGAAGACCGGAAUCUCCCUGUUUGAGCACAGGUGCACUCUGAGGAUUUACCAGGGGCCGCUGGGGCUUAUUCUGAAGCAUGCAGGAGAACAACAUCGAGCAGCCCCCGUCACUGUCUCAGCUCCUCAGAGAGAACUACCUGGCAGAGGCCCGAGCCCAGCAGCGCCACAGCGAGAUGAGCCGCUCAGACGCUUCCUCCUCAAGCCUCCAGAUCUACGGGUCGCUGAAAGGCAAGGCGGAGGACUCUGGGGCUCACAAUGAUCCCACAUUCACAGACCUGUCAGCCUUCCUCAGCCAGGAGGAGCUGGAUAAGAGCGUGAACCUGGCCCGGCAGGCCAUCGGACAUGAGCCUCAAGAGGAGAAGGCAGAGGUCAGAGCCUUUGUCGCACCAUCAACCCAGUCCACAAGCCCCUCAGCCUCUUCCUCUGAACUCACAUCUGUUCCCCUGGCCAACCCCUCUCCUGCUCCUUCCGCCACCCCCUCCAUGGUGCCCUUCACCCAGCCGGCCCCUGAACUCAAAGAACUGCAACACACAACAUUCACACCAGACAGAAAGGUGCAUAAAGCGUCCGCACGGCAGGAAAACAUGUCCAGAAACGCAAGGGACCCCGGUGAGGGGUUCAACGACAUUGAAAGGUCGGCGAAGAACGCCCCGUACGGCAUGGAGAACCAGUCCAAGAAGGAGUUCCUCAACAAGGCAGCAGACUUCAUCGAGGAGCUCUCCUCUCUCUUCAAGGCCAACAGCUCCAAACGGGGACGACAGAGAGGGAGCAAACCCCACCGGAGCAGGAACCAGAACAAGAGCCAGGUGGAUGGGGAGGUGUAUCCCCUCGGCCCUGACAACAGAGAGCGCUCUCCCAUGCCCCUGGAGGUGGAGGCAGAGGUGGUGGUGGAGGAGGAGAGACCAAGCCCCGCUGUAAGCCACCAACCAGAGGCCCAGCUGGACUCUGAGAUUGGGCACGUGGAGUUUCAGGACAGCAGGAUUACUGAGGAGCAGCAGUGUGAUUCUGUUUCCCAGGAGGCACCAGAGGAGGCAGAAAGCUGCACCCCGACAGACACUCCGUACCCCGCGGAGUCUGCGUCUGAGCCUCCUUGUUUCAUCCAGAAACUGAAAAGCAGGGAGGUUGCAGAGGGCAGCAAGGUCCAGCUGGACUGCAUUGUUAGAGGACUCCCUGUGCCUGAAGUCAGAUGGUUCUGUGAGGGCAAGGAGCUGGAGAACUGCCCGGACAUCCAGAUCAUCACCGACGGAGAGCAUCACUCUCUGAUCAUCGCAGAGGCCUUCGAGGAAGAUACUGGGCGCUACUCCUGCUUCGCUUCUAACUUCUAUGGCACUGACUCCACGUCAGCCGAGAUCUACGUCGAAGGUACCUCCUCUUCGGAUUCUGAUGGGGAACAGCGAUUUGAACAUGUAGCACAGCAGCAGAAUAAAUCUUCUCCAUCAUCGAGCCAAGCUCUUUCUGCGGAAGAGGAAGACCCUCCAUCAUCUGACCCUGCAGCAGCCAUCGAGGAGCCAGCAGAGCAGAUCGUCUCUGCACAAACUAACCAAAUAAUCCCAGAACCUCUGCUACCAGUGAGGACACCAGCCACCAUACUUUCAGUCGUUGAGCCUUUGAAUGCAUCCGUAACACCGUCAGCACUCCCUGUUCAAGAGGAACCAACAUUGGAAGAGCCAAUAGUGUCACAGGUGCAGGUGUUUCCUACUUCAUCACCAGGCCAAACAGGACUUUCAGAAGCCCAGGAGGUGUCUGUUACAUCUCCUCCUCCUCCAGUGGAGACGGCUGCAGCAGAAGCUCUAUCACUGCUCCAGAACUCAGUGGUCUCCUCUGUGCUGUCCCCUCCAACACAAACACUCCAGCCUGAGAGUCAAACCUCUACCUACACCUACCCUCAAGUGUUGAACGGCCAACCUAUCAUGGCUGCCCCUGUAUUCACAAAGAGCCUGCAGGACCUCCUUGCGUCAGAAGGCCAGCUGGUGGUGCUAGAGUGCCGUGUGAAAGGGGUGCCGUCACCACGAGUGGACUGGUACAGAGAUGGGACAUUCAUAGAGGACUCUCCUGAACACAGGAUCCUGCAGAAAAAGCCCAGGUCUCCAGCUGAAUCAGAGGAUAUAUGCACUCUGGUCAUUGCUGAGGUCUUUCCUGAUGAUUCGGGGAUGUUUACUUGCACAGCAAGCAACAAUUAUGGAACCGUGUCCAGCGCUGCAGCACUGAGGGUCACAGGCAAUGCCAGCAACAGUAACCAUGUGAGGCCUUCCAGCAAUUCGAUGCUGGAGCCAAACCGAAGCCAAGAACCUUCCCCCGCCCCCACUGUAAACCUUCAACCAAAGGUUACUAUGACCACCAGCGUCAAGCCCCACUCCAGCACCAUCCGCCUGGACCCUCUCAUCUCCAGCAGCGUACGCCUGGACCCGUUGAGCACCAGCACCCUCCGUUUGGACCCCCUUGGAUCCAGCAUGCUGCGCCCAGACCCCUUCCGCUCCAGUCUCCCCAGCCUGGAGCCCUCCAGCCUCAUCAGCAGCUUCAGCUCUCGCAGCACCAGCGCCCCCAACUUAGAUCCUAUCAACCUCCAUCAGAACCAUCCUUCACCCAGUGGAGCAGGUGCAGAACCACAGAGCAGCAGACAGGUGCUCUCCUACCUGAAACCCUUCACUUCUCCAUUCUCUGUUGGGACGGUAGCAGAGCAGGAAGCGCCCACGCCUUCAGUGACACCACCCGACACCAGCGCCACAGUGAAGGUGACCCCUAACCAUCAGAAUGGGAGCCUCAUCGUGCUGCCCCUGCCCGACCCCCCUCCGAACUCCUGCCUGAAGACUCGAACGAAACCCAAACACUCCCGCUCCGGGUCUCGGCGCGUCCACUUCAGACUGCCGGAGGAGGAGGAGCAGAGUGACGCGUCCAGCAGUCAGUGUGAUGAAGACCCCAACAUGUCGCUCAACAGGGAACCUCCACCUGUGCGGGCUAAACCCAAACUGGACCCGGCCCAGCUGCGGAAUCUGCACAACCAGGUCCUCAUGGAGCAGCAGCAGGACCCUGAACCUCAAACACCCCCCCCACCCUCAGUCCCAACCUCUGUCCCAACCAAAGCCUCAGCCUCAGCCCCAGGCCCAACUUCAGCCACCAUCUCUGCCCCAGCCUCAGUCUCACCCCCUACCCCAGACUCUGUCCCAACCAAAGCCUCUCCCUCAGCCCCAGCCGCAACCACAACAUCAGUCUCAGCUUCAGUUCCUUCCCCAGCCUCAGUCUCCCCCACACUCCCAGCCUCAGUCUCUGCCCCAGUCUCUGCCCCAGCCUCAUCUCCCCCACACCCCCAGCCUCAGUCUCUGCCCCAGCACCAGCCCCAGUCUCUGCCCCAGCCUCAGUCUCCCCCACACCCCCAGCCUCUGCCCCAGUCUCUGCCCCAGUACCAGCCCCAGCCUCAGUCUCUGCCCCAGCACCAGCCCCAGUCUCCCCCACACCCCCAGCCUCAGUCUCUGCCCCAGCACCAGCCUCAGUCUCUGCCCCAGCACCAGCCUCAGUCUCUGCCCCAGCACCAGCCCCAGUCUCAGCCCCAGCACCAGCCCCAGCCCCAGCCUCAGUCUCACCCCCAGCCUCAGCUCAUGACCUCCUCCCUGGUGACCUCCCCUCCACCUGCCCCACAGCUGAAAAUAGCUCCACCCGUCAGCAUAGCUCAUGUAACCCAGAUGAACACCAUCCAUGCCUCCCACCUCAACCUGACCCCUGCAGCUCUCGCCAAAACUCCCCCUACACCGCAGUUUUUCUCUGCUUUCGCACCAAAGUUUAGCGCAGCCUUAACAGAUCUGUCCUCGGUCACUUCUCCUGCUCCCUUCCUGAGAAGCACCCAUGCCUCCCUCAUGAACCUCACCCCCACCUCCCACUCCUUCAGCUACGCCCGGCCUAAAGAGUUCAUAGCAGCCCAGAGCUUCUCCCCGGUCAGGAGUCCUUCCCCGACAGAAUCUCCGGUCCCUCUUCUCCAGGAACUGGCCGCUGAGCUCAACUCCUCCGCAGCCAGCUCCCCCACCCUCCCGCCUUUCUCCCCCCCAUCCAGGACCUUCACCACCAGGGUGCUCAAGUCUCCCACCAGCCCUCAGUCUCUCGUGUCCUCACCCACACCUCUGUCGCCACCCUACCUGAACAGCAUGUACGCCAUGCGAACCCAGUCGCCCCUCCAGGCCUCCUCUCCCACCUCCAGCAGCUCCACCUCCACCUCCAGCCCCAUUCAGAACCCUGUGGCGUUCCUGAGCUCCGUCCUGCCCUCCCUGACCCCGACUCAGCCCACCAACUCUAUGGGCCUGCCCAGGGGAGCUCCCAUAGGGCUAAAAAAGAGCAUGCAAAAGGCACGCAUCCCGUCAUAUGAAGACAUUCGGGAAAGCAGAGAGAAUAUCCUCCACGACAUUGAGAAAAAGCUUCGACUUAGAGACGAAACUCAACAUUUUGCACAUCAACAGAAGCUGAGUAAUGAGGGGAAAACAGCGAGCAGACCCCUUGGACCAAACAUUCCUGCUACUGUCUUUAACUAUGAUGAGGAGUACAAAGUGUCCAAUUUUGAGCAGAGACUAAUGAGCGAGAUUGAAUUCCGUUUGGAGCGGACGCCGGUGGAGGAAUCGGACGAUGAGGUGCAACACGAUGACGUCCCUACAGGGAGAUGCAUCGCGCCCAUAUUAGACAAAAAACUGAAGAACUACAGGGCCAUGGAGGGCGUGCCCGUCACUUUCUCAUGUAAAGUAGUGGGAAUCCCUUUUCCAAAGGUGUACUGGUUCAAGGAUGGCAAGCAGGUGUUGAGGAAGAACGUCCAUUACAAGAAAAUAAGGGAGAGGGACGGGACCUGUGCUCUUCACAUAGAGACCACCACCCAAGACGACGAUGGCAACUACACCAUCAUGGCAUCUAAUCCUCAGGGACGGAUCAGCUGCUCGGGUCAUUUGAUUGUCCAAUCGGGACCUCCCCGAAACCGAAUGACACCUAUUAGCUCUCAGAGGGUGCGAGCCCGCAUACAGGAAGUUGAGAGUGAGCAAACCCAGGAGCGCUUUUUCCAGCCUCACUUCCUCCAGGCUCCGGGGGACAUGCUGGCUCACGAGGGCAGACUGUGUAGGCUAGACUGUAAGGUGAGCGGCCUCCCUAACCCAGAGCUGAUGUGGUUGGUCAACGGGAGGCCAAUCUAUCCGGAUCUUCUGCACAAGAUGCUGGUGCGGGAGAAUGGCGUCCACUCUCUGGUCAUUGAUCCUCUGAUGCAGAACGAUGCUGGGACAUACACGUGCAUUGCAAGCAACAAAGCAGGGCAGAGCUCCUUUAGUCUGGAGCUAAAAGUUGUAGAGAAAGAGAUGAAGCACUCGCCCGAGUUCGUGGAGAAGCUGCAGAACAUGGGUAUUCCUGAAGGGACUCCAGUCAGGCUGGAGUGUCGGGUGGUGGGUAUGCCCCCUCCACUCAUCUUCUGGAAGAAAGACAAUGAGACCAUUCCUAGAACUAAGGACAGGAUCAGCAUGACACACGACGCAACAGGAUAUGUGUGUCUCCUCAUCCAGCCAACAACUAAAGAGGAUGCCGGCUGGUACACAGUAUCAGCAAAAAACGAGGCUGGAAUUUCCUCCUGCACCUGCAGGCUUGAUAUCUAUGCACAGUGGCAUCAGAGCAUCCCUGCACCCAUGAAAAAAGCUCCGCGCACAGGCAGCCGCUACGCAGCUCUGACGGGACAGGGGCUCGACAUCAAGUCAGCUUUCCCCACGUCGGACAACAACCCCUUCCUGUUCUCCAGCUCCCCUCGUGAGGCCAUGCUGGAGAGCGAGGAGCUGUGAACCUGCAGCAUGGUGAACCUCAGGGCACGUGCUGAGGCCUCCCUGAGUUUAAACCAGUAGAGCAGUUUGUCAUGUGCUUUGUGUGAUGCUUUUGAAGAAGAAGAUUGAACUUAUUGUCAUUACGUAGUACAGGUACUAUGUAACAAAACGGUUUCUCUGCAUUUGACCCAUCCUAGUGUUAGGAGCAGUGGGCUGCCAUUAUGUACGGUGCCCGGGGAGCAGUGUAGGGAACGGUGCCUUGCUCAGGGACACCUCGGUAGCACUUGGUCUUUCCGGGACUUGAACUGGUGACCUUCCAGUUGCCAAGCCAAGUCCCUAUGGACUUCGCCACCACCACCGCCCCAAGUGAUACACUCAUGAAAGAAUGGCAAAGAAAGAUUGUGUUAAAGCUAUCCGCACUGAUAGUGGGUUUGUCACCAUUCCUAUUUACUCAAGUCGAGUGUUUCGCAUACAGAAAAAAACAGUUUUGCAAAGUCUUAGCUCAUGAGCCAUCAGUGGAAUAGUGUUCUAUGGCGUUUGUUUUCUACAUCAUAUUAGCUAUAGUAGCAAGGCAGUUGUGUUAACAUCAGUUCUUAAAUGUCCUAUUGAAACACCCCUUAUUUUUUAUUGCGAAUAAGAUACCUGUACUGGUAGUAAUAGUUUAUUUUAAAAUGAAUACAAAAAAUAGGUUAGAGUAUAGCAAUGGACAUUUUAGUCAUUUAGUUUCUUUAAAUGGCUCCAGCAAGGUGGGAUUCUUUCUACAUAAACCUAAAUAAGUUGUUGACGUUCAUCACUAGUUGAUAUUUUUGCACCACUUUUCAUGUGCAUGCAUGCCAAUGGCUGAUGAAGAUGUCAUACUGUAUCCCUUAAAAACACUGUGUCUGCUCACGGUCAUAAUAAUACAAAUAUGGUGAUUUCAUUCUUCUUUUAUUGACAACGUUGUAUCUGCAUUUGUAUCUACAGUUCCAAAUGUAUUACCUGAGGAAUGAGACAUAGGAGACUUAAAAGCUAUUUGUUUUUUGAUCAAAUUGUUGGCUUUGCUUUAACUCCAACAUUUCAAAUGAAUCUUAGAGAAGUUAUAAUUGAACUUUGAUACAAAAAAAUGAAUUAAACAUGUUUGAAACAUUGAAGAAAAGUUGUAAAGCACAUACUCAACUGAUGUAAAGUUGCACAUUGUAAAAUAGUUUUGUCCUUCUCAGAAUAAAGUUAUAUUUA